AUGACAGAAACUACGAUAGGGCCAUGGGGAGAGAAGGAUAUCACCAUAAACGACAAUGGAAAUAGGCUACUAGACAUAUACACCACCUUAGAUUUUGUCGCUGGAGGGACGCUCUUCCCACAUCGAGACGUCCAAUGGCUGAAAGGUUACUUUCCCAAUAGAAAAGACAAGAACCAGGUUGACAACCUGAUGAUCAACGGGAUGUGGAGGCGAUCACUGCCAAGACGUCAAAACCAGACGUUGGAAGGUUCGGAAGACAUCAAUACAAAGUGGCAACAGCUUAAGAUAGCUUACGAGCAGACCUGCAAGGCCUUUCUUGGAACAAAGCAGAGAAAGAGGAAGGAGUGGAUCUCAGAGGAUAGCUGGCAGGCCAUUGAGAAGAGAAGAAUUCUCAAGAUGAAAGUCUUGAAGGCCAAAUCAGAGCGACUGAAGGAGAGAUACAAGCAACAAUGGAUGGAAGCGAACCGAACAGUGAAGAUGAUGGCAAGAACAGAGAAGCAGAGCCACAUAAACGACCCACCAAGCCAGGCAGAAGAUGCAGCAAGUAGAGGAGAGCAACGCAAAAUCUAUAAGAUCAUCAGGCUGCUGUGUGUCAGAUAUAUAGUUGGCACUGAUGCUCCGAUGAUGGACCAGCAGCGGCGACUGCUCAUCACAGAAGCCGAGCAGGACGCAGCAUGA